AUGAAGAAAAUUGCCAUUUGGCAGAUUUUCCUUUUUGAGUUUGUGUUGGCCAGUACUCUUAUUGAAAGCCAAUGCUCAGCCCUUCCUCAAAACUCUUCCUGCACCCUCAAUUGUACCUCCCGAAUCUAUGAAGACUACCUCGGCGAUUGUUCUCCAACCGUCUCGGUAGUCGAAAUCUGCAACAGCUCAAGAUGCUCUCUUCUUGAAAACAAAAACGUCACCGGGUCGACAAUAGUUCAAAGCACCUGCUCGACCUUUUUGGACAACAACAACGAUUGCCAGCUUAAUUGUUCCUCAAGAACGUAUCCAUAUUCUGAUUCAUGUUCUGGCGACGUUUUUGUUACAGAAAUAUGCGAUUUAAACAGUUGUGAAGUUUUGUACAGCAGAGCAGUGACUGUUGACAUUGUCGAAUGUUCAGUCAUGCCGCAAGAGAAUCUGCUCUGCGAUGGAAGUAUCUACAAAGCGGCUUAUAACUGGGACUUGUUCUUUCCAUGCUUUUAUUACAAAAAUAGCGAUGAAAUUUUCUGCCAAAAGAAAUCUUACUCGAACUCAAUCAACAUCACCGUUCCUGUUACUCAACCCGCUUUGACAACAACCACAACAACAAGUGCUUCAAACAUUCCCACUUGGCUCCCCAAUCUUCUAGAAAACAUUGGCAUUCUUGCGGUCGGACUGUUUAUUGGCUUCUUUGAUGACCUGUUUCCAGCAAAAGAGAUGAUAACAACGACUGUGGCUACAACAACUCUAGCUCCAGAAAAUGGGCUCUCGGAUGUGGUCAUCGCCGCGGGCGGAUUUUUGACGGGUAUUUUAUUUCUGAGCUUGAUUGAAUUUCUCGCUGGAAGUCAAAAUAACGAAAUUUUGACAACAUUGGCUCCUACUUUAUCCACCAUCCUCACAACCAAUUUCCAAGAGGAGGACGUCCAAAUUUUAGACGAGUUUUUCGUCUACGAUUCUUGCGCAACUUCACCUCAAUUAUUUGAGCUCAACACUGGGGAAUCUUUUAUUUCACCUGGCUCUCCUUUGUCUUAUAACUUCGUCAAUUGCGAUGGGGAGCUAACAAAUCUAAAGAGUGUCGCAUCGAACCAGGGCAUUCAGUUUAAUCUGGUUUUGUCUGAAUACGAUCCGGUCGACUCUCGAAUUGAUUUUUCGAAUUCCAACGGGGAUGUUUUUUCGUUCGAUAUUGACAUUUCCGAUGAAAACUGCGCGAAUCCACGACAUUCUGCAUUCCGAAAAUCGCUGGAAAUGGGCUUUCUAGAGCGGCAGCAAAUUUCAAAUUUCAAAAUGAAAUUUGCUCUUUUGACGGAAGAUGAAAUCAGCGAAGAAGUUCUCAUCAACGAAGCAUCUUCCAGCUGCUACGAAGCUCUAGAAUCGAUGGAAACAGGAAUGAUCGACUGUAAAAUCAUCCGAUUCUCCUCACCAGAGCCGAAUACAAGGUCGAAUUCUGCGUCAAAUUGCAAGUCUUCCUCGGAAGUGACACUAGUUGCCCGAUUUUUGGACAAUUUGGAAGUUGAAAUCAAGGAAGAGAUUAUUCAAAAUAUUUCAAUGGAGAUUGAAAAUCGACUGAAUUCAAAAGACGACGAUGGCAAAAUAGGCCAAAACGAGGUGUUGGGACUUCUGACUCCACAAGAUAAUCAAGGUCUAUUUAUCGCGCAAAUGGUGGUCCUUUCUUUUUGCCUUUGUAUCGGGCUGGCGGCGAGCGCGUUCCAGGUGCAAAUGUAUCGAGCUGGUGCGAGUGGAAAUGCACGUCACAAGGGCCCGGUCAAAUAA